CCCAGCCACCCCAAUGGGCGCCCGUGCCCCCUAAGCACCACCGACGUAGGUGGUCUGCCAGCUAAGGACCGGGCUGGUCACCCCCAAAUAUACCUAAAGUAAAGUGCCGAGUCCCUUACGGAUGCGAUCUGACAGCAUCUCUCAUUGACUGCAGGUGAUCGAACCCUGUAAAUCCGAGUACCAACCCUUGAUGAAGCGACUGUACCAUCCCUUAAGAAGCGUAGGGAUUCCUCCCCACCUUCCUUGAAAAGGUCCCUGGUCUGGUUGCUUCGGAAAAAUUUAUGUGACAGAUUCUGCCCCAAAGCCGUGAAAAAGCACCUCCUUUCCAGGCACAGUCAAACUGUUUCUAUCCUCCUCUCCUCCUGCCGGAAACUCUCCUGUAUACACAUUCUCUAUCUCACGACACUUCACUUCUCAUCAACCAUUUGCAAUAUCUGCACGCGGGUCGUCACUAAUUUACCUUGUCAAGUUGACAGCAUCGCCAAUUCGUUGAACGCAUUGGCGCCGAGAACGCCCACCGCUCAUCUGGGCGCUUAUUCCUUGGAGAUCGAGUCAUCUUGCCGCAGGGCCGGCCCUCGAAGCAUCCAGCAAACUGCAGCCAGCCAUUUUAAUCUAAUUCAAGCACGCAUCCCUCCAUUUCAAUACCCUAUACGGAGUACGUCCCAGGCACGACCGUCCUGCCCUUUUUCUAGCCUGCAUAAGCUGCGCGCACCCACGAGCGAGAGGAUUUCAUCUUCGACUGCUUUGGGCGCGGCGCCAUGUCGCUCAAACAGGAAAUAGAGACUUGGGUCGAGGCCCUCGGUCACUAUGACAAUCAAGAAUUCGAGGAAGCCUUGACCAUUUUCGAUGCCAUCGCAGACACAUCCAAGAUACUGUUCAACUGUGGGGUCAUACAUGCAACAAUUGGGGAGCAUGACAGAGCCGUGGAAUGCUACCAACGAGCAAUCAAGCUGGACCAGUACCUGGCUGUCGCAUACUUUCAGCAAGGCGUAUCCAACUUUCUCGUCGGUGACUUCGAAGAGGCCCUAGCCAACUUUAACGACACUCUACUAUAUCUCAGAGGAAACACGUACAUCGACUAUGAACAGCUCGGACUCAAAUUCAAGCUUUACUCCUGCGAGGUCUUGUUCAAUCGUGGGCUGUGCUACAUGUAUCUGCAGCAGGAGGAGGCUGGCUUGCAAGACUUUACUUUCGCCCAGAAGGAGAAAAUGACCCCCGAUCACGAUGUGAUCGACGAUGCUAUCAAGGAAAGAGCUCAGGGUUACGUCGUGUUCAGCAUACCUGUCGGAUGCGUGUACCGACCUAACGAGGCCAAAGUCAAAAAUCUCAAGGCCAAGGACUACCUGGGCAAAGCCCGGUUGAUCGCCACGUCCAACAGUGCGAACACGGGCACAGGCUUCGUAGGGGUCGAGCGAAAGCAAGCUAUAGCUGCCGAAUUGGGGGCAAAAGACGACAGGCCUCCAGAGAAUAUCAGCUUUGCCGCAACGAAUCUCGUCCAGCGAAAUUUGUCCAGCAGAAUCCCGAGGGACCAAAGCGCACCUCCCAUCAUGAACAGAAAUGUCUUUCCACCAACUCCACCACCCGAGACAGAGAAGCCCAGAGCCAGUAGUACUGGAAAUGGAAAUCUACCCAUACGAUCUACGUCUAUGCGCAAUCCACGACCGAGGUAUCCUACCAAACCCGACAUGGAGCAGCCUAGACCAGGCAUGCUAUCACGUGCGGCUACAUUUGAUGUCAGCGGAGCUCAGCAACCGCCGCCAGGUCGGAACAGAAUGCAGCCACCCCCAAUCAACGAAGGCUCCUGGGAAGACGAAUCCUCCAUGAUGAGUCAACAGCCUCCGAUGGACAGAUCACGGUAUGGUACCCAAAGGACAGCUUCUGAACCUCGGAGAGCUCCUUCUCGGCGGCAGGUGCUGGAUAGAUCGACAUCACAGAGAGCUCCGGCGCCGGCGCCUUUGUUCCGUGAGCAGCCAAGAUAUGAGGACCCCGUUGAUACCAUGGACGACGUCUAUAAUAUGUACGCAAGUCCGCGACCCGUACAAAGACGACCGACGCAACGACGUCGGGAAGAAGAAUAUUUCAACGAAGAAGAUGAAUAUAUAGAUGAAGAACUGGGCGACGACGAUAUGAGCGGCUUCGAACCCAUCCGGCGUGCACCGUCACGAUCCGGACGCGGCAGCAACCGCCCCGAAAUGCGCAAGAUCCGAGUCAAAUGCCACUUUAACGAAGAUACGAGAUACCUUAUGAUCGGCGCAGUGAUAGAUUUUGGCGACUUUGAGAGCAAGAUACGAGAAAAAUUUGGCAUCAAAGAUCGACUGAAGAUUAAAAUGCAAGAUGAUGGAGACAUGAUCACCAUGGGCGACCAAGAUGAUUUGGAAAUGCUAUUGGCCAGCGUCCGGAGCCAAGCGAGGAAGGAGAGAAACGAGAUGGGGAAGAUGGAGGUUUGGAUUUCAUCAUGACAUCGCACAGUGGCGUUGCAAUGCCGCCAGUAUGGGCGCACACACAUAACCACCCUGAGAAACGUUUGACCGCCCACGGCGAGAGGGAGACGAAUGCGUUGCGGUUUGGCGAAGCGAUAUGAGCACACUUUCCGUUGACAUGAUCGACCUCAGGAGAGAUAAGUAUUCUCCUUUUUUUGAAGCGUGGAGUUGGACAACGCCCUGGGAAUACCGUGAGAGGAUUACUCCGUACCAUACGAGCAGUUGGGUUGAUAUUAUCGGGAUCUUGCUUUUGCAGCUUUUGGCAGGCUGGCACAGCAAACUCUUCGCUUCCAAAUCCUCCUAUUUCACAGACUACAUACCUUAGCUUACAGAGCAUAUAUAUAUCCACUUCAAAUCGGGCUAUUUGUAACCCAAUACUCCGUCACUUGCG